AUGUCCUCACGCAAGGGGGAAACUGGAAGAAGAAAAGGGUCCGAAAAACAUGGAUAUGUGAAAACAAAGAACGGUUUCAAGUUUAUCGGCGGCGCAGCUGCUGUUCGUGCAGCUGCUGUUCGAAAAGGCCGGGGCAAUCGAAUUCUAAAACCAGGCGAAGUAGAAAAGGCCCAACAACUAGUCUCUGGUGGCUUGUCUCCUUUCGAACGCUUCUUUGCUGGUUUAUUGAAGGGAGAGGCUACAGAUUUUUUGAAUAAGGGCGGAACCGCAACAUGGAAUUCAAUUUGUAAGCGUCUCCGCCUUCCGUUCCCCGAAGAACCAUUAAAGCAUUAUUAUUGUGAUCAAAGGCAGCAUUUCUUGCAUCGUGCGUCACUUGUAAUGGAAGAAGCGAGAUAUGCUCUUGCAGAAGGUUUGACGAAAGUUCAGCGACUGUCGAGUGAUGAAGAGAGGUUCAAAAGGAGUCAGAACAAUCGAAACAGACGACAUCAACGACACGGAAAUGGGUCCCAAUCAAAUACCAUGCUCCUUUCGCUUACCGGAGUCGAAGUCCGGGAGAAACACGGCUAUUGUACAUUAACCUUCGCCAAAGAUCGUGGAACGUUUUCGCCAAAGGAGAUUCAAAACUUGCGCCAAGGACAAAUCUUUGCUUGUGUCAGCCAAAAUUUGGCUCCAACCAUUGCAAACUCGGUACUUGGUUGCAUACUUGCAUCGAAUCGAGAUGCAAUGAUAGAUUCGAACUCUUUCUCUGUCGUUGUAUUUAAAGCAGUUAGCAAGUCGCAGGAAUCUACAUGGCGGGUCACUCCAGUAGCGUCCUUGCUGACUGAGCAACGAAAGUUCGAAGCGUGUGUCAACAACAAUACACACAACAUUCCAUUUCUGCUACCUUUGCUAGGAGGCAAAAAGCCGACACAUAUUAAGUUCACCGAAGAAGAAACUGGAGAUAUUUUGGCUGUGAAAGUAGAGGAUGAAGAAAAUCAGCAACCGCUGUAUUCAAGAACUGAGUUGAACCAAGCUGGAUUCCAUUUGCCUACGUUGAAUCCAACUCAAGAAAAAGCUGCCUUGACCUUCCUAAACUCGCAGCCGAAUACGAUAACACUGAUCCAAGGUCCUCCUGGUACAGGGAAAACGACACUUCUAGUGAACACAAUAUGUCAGUAUCUUAUGGAGUCAAUAGCUGGGAACAAAGCCAGGUGCCUAAUGGUUUGUGCGCCCACAAACAAAGCUGUAUCUGUCCUUUGCACUCGAUUUUUAGACACAUUCAAGAAUAUUAACCAACUUCCAUGCAAUGUGUUGCUGAUUGGUGAUGAUGACAAACUUCUUGAUGACGAGAAUAGCCGGAAUUUUAGAUGUGGCGGAAAGUCUCCUCUACGGUCAAUCUUUUUGUACACCUGGAUAAAGACAGUGGUGGAUCGUUUGUCAGAGAUUAGUCAAUUCCUUGCUCGACCAACCGCGAAAGAAGCACUGAGAGUAACCAGCCUUUCGAAAAGACUGCUGAUGCAGCUGCGACAAAACCUGUCGCAGUUCCCUCAAGACCUCGGAAAAGCUUUCGACAGAGUAGUUGAACUUAUGGAAGAUGGGAUUGAGGCUGGCCACAGAAAUCAAAAAGAGGCAUUCAAUACGAUUGAAGCCAUGAAAAGUGAGAUUUUGGAUUGGAAACAAGAUCUUAUUUGGCAAGAUCUCCUAAGCUCGGCGCACAUCAUCUUUUGCACUUUGGCAAGCUCCGGAGCUGGGAUCCUCAAACGAUCUAUUGGUGAAGUGGAUGAUCUGAUUGUGGACGAAGCAGCUGCAUCUUGUGAACCUGAGAUGUAUAUUCCAUUUCAUUUUAGGCCACAACGACUGUUGGCCGUCGGAGAUCCUCGGCAACUCCCUGCGACGGUUAUGAGUAAUAUUGCAGCUGACAGAGGUCUAAGCAAAAGUCUGCACGAGCGACUCAUGUAUGACGCAGGAUACCCCCACAUAAUGCUCGAUGUUCAAUAUAGAAUGAAGCCUGCAAUCUCGCAAUUUCCAUCAAAAUUCUUUUACGAUGGGAAAGUCCGGGACAGCCCCAGUGUCAUGAGCGACGACUGUCCACCCGAUCUAUUGCUCAACGGAGAGAAUCUAUCUUUUCUGCAAGUUAGCGGAACUGAAAAGCAAUGUAGGUUUGGCUCAUUCGAGAACUACGCAGAAGCGCAAGCAGUGGUGAAGCUCGUCCAGUCAGCAUCCCGAAGAAUGCAUGGUCAAUGGCAGAGUGCGGAUCGCAUUCGAAUUAUAACGUUCUAUACAGCACAAGUAUUGCUAAUUAAGCGCUGCCUUCGCCAAUGCCGAUUGUCAGACGUAGUAGUGGCUACAGUUGAUUCAAGCCAAGGAAGCGAGGCUGAUAUAGUCAUCGUUUCCUUGGUUCGCAGUCAUGGUAGCCCAAAACAUUCCAGCGUCGGUUUUCUGUCUGAUGAUCGUCGGAUGAAUGUUGCAAUCACCCGAGCGAAAUACCAGUUGAUAUGCGUCGGAAAUGCAGAGCGAAUGGCUGCGCUCACUAGCCCGAAAGCAAAGACUAUUCGAGCUCUUGCAAUAGACGCAAUCGACCGUAACUGUCUUUUGCGUUCGAUGCAUACUAGGAACAGCGGUCCGAAUAAACGCCAACGUGCAGAUACCAACAAUGAAGGGAGGGAAAAGAGGGUACGGUCGAGAGAAUCUAUACCAGACAACACUACAAAAAUUCCUUUAUCUGACAGCCACCGCGUCAACUCAAAUGGGCUCAUUGAUGAAGACACAAGUGCAAGGGAGGACGACAGGAAGCAAAGCAGCGAAGACCAGCAUGAAAACGAAUCGAAGAAUGAAAAACGAGCGUCGGGGACGCGUCUAGGCAACCCAAAGACCAGAGAAAUACCAAAUUCCUCUAACUUUCGGAAUUCAAACGACAAGAGAUCAUCCAGUGGAAACGCUGUGCAACUUCGUCCAUGCAGUGCGAGCACGAGCAGCAGUAGUAGUAACAGCAGCAGCAGCUCAUCCAGCGACAGCGAUCUCAGUGGACAAAACGAGAUCCCGUCCAUCGUCCGAAGCUCAGACGUUUGCUCCCCAUCUCGCUCGCUAGAGAACAUUUCAACCAGAUCAGAGGACAGGUACGACAACGAUCCCUUCGAACGUUGCAGUCAAGACGAAUUUAAUGAUCCUAUUGCGCAAGACAGCAAUGUCGGGGAUGAAGAAACUGCAGCCAUUCAAAUCGAGCAUAGCUCCAAGUUUUCCGUUCUAGAAACUAGGUCAUUGACCGCAGAGUCUGGAAGAUCUGAAAUACCGCUUGCGCUGGAUACUGCAAUGGUAAUGUCAGAUGACAGUGCUUCAUAUGGCGACAAUCGGUCUGAACUGGAAUGGAACUCUGAUGAAGUUGGCGGCAAUAAUGAAUCUCGAACCAACAUGGACAUUGGAAACAAUCGCGAUGCUAACUAG